GAAUCGACCCCAUAGUCCUCUCUACUCUAUGCUGUGAUGUCAACUCAUCAUCUAAAUGUGUGUUGUUUAAUUUUUCAAAAUAUAACCUUAAAUAUCAUAAAAUUAUUACAAUCAAGUCCUGUAUAAUUUGUGAGAUAAUUAAACAUGCCACAAACAGGUGCGACACGUCACCAAAAAUUUCUAAAGUCUGAGAAAUCAAAGACUAAGUUAAAAUCAAAAAAGAAGGAUCUUCCUAAAGGAACUAAUGUUACGAAAACAAAUUUCAAAGUGAAAAAAAUUGUCAUCAAGGAACAAUUAAAGAAACAUGGUAAAUCCGAAGCGUUGUCCACGAGAAAACUUAAUAUUAAAGAACUUUUGUCACGACUCAACCAUUUUAAUACUCAUGCUAGAACUGAUGCCCUAAUGGGUAUAAAGGAAUUGGCAACCACUCAUCCUGAAGUUCUCGAUCAAAAUCUUGGACCUUUGAUUCUUGGGAUUACUCCUUUAUUAUUAAAUAUUGAGAAAGUGGUUCGCCAUGAAUCUUUGAAAGCGCUACAUACAAUUUUAUGUGUUAUUAACAUAGUUAAAAUAGAACCUUUCUUUGAUAUUAUGUCUACAUAUUUGAGAAGUGCUAUGACCCACAUUGACAGUAGAAUACAGGAAGAUUCAUUGUUAUUUCUCGACUUAUUACUUCAGUGCACUCCACAAAAAGUAGCUCAGGACUUUCAUAAGAUUUUGCCAAAUUUCUUAGAUAUGAUAUCAAAAUUAAGAGUAGACACAAAACCAGGCCGAACACUGACUGUCAAUUUAGGCAGUCAAAUAACAACUGUUAAAUGGAGAGUGAAAGUAUUACAUAGAUUAAAAGAUUACCUACAGAAGUUUGUUGAUUAUAAAAAUGUAUCUAAGAAAGAUAAAUCUUUAGAUCAAACUACAUAUUUGUUUGAUAAUAGCAAAUUGAAUCAUUUCCCAUUAACUGAUCCAAUUUAUACAUCUGUUUGUAAUCUAUCAUGUUUUUCAUCUAAAAAUUACCAAGAUACAAUUUUGCUUGAUGAAGUGGAAAAACUCAGAGAGUAUACAGAUACCUUAAUGCCAUUACUGUUUGAAACUUGGCUUGAAGUGUGCCCUAAAACUAAUACUGAGAGGAACAUUGAAACCAUUAUUUCAGAAGAUGCAGCAUCAUUACUUAAACAUAUUCUAGAUGUAUUGUCUCUAUUAUGGAUUCUUGUAUGUAACCAAAAUAACAGGAAUUACGAUUCUGGAUUACCGAAUUUAUUUAGUCAAAAAUAUAAAAAACAAUUUGGCCAGUAUUUUGUCAAUUCCUUUCCGUUUGUAACAAAUGUAAGGACUAAAAAAAAGAGCAGUAAUUCUACCUUUGAUGAUGAAAUUACUGAUCCAAAGUUAAUUUUAGAGAAUUUGAAAAUCUGUUAUUUAUUUAUUGCGUUAAAUCGUAAUAUAAAUUUAAAAAGUCAAAACAAUGAAAUAACUACAGUAUUAAAUUACUUGGAAAAAACAUUCAGUCAAAAUAAUCACGCCGAUGUAAAUAAUGCCCUUAUCAAUGUAUUGGAUACAAUUUUUUCAAAUGAAAGUAAUUGGACCAAAAAUGUUACAAUCAUGGAUCCAUUAUUUAGAAAAGUAAUAUGGGCUUACUUUAACACAAACAUGUCUGAUUCAUUUAAACAACAGAUUUUCACUCUAUUAGGUAAAAUAGCUUUAAAUGACAAUUUGAGUCAUUUCCAUAAAUGUGAUUCUUACGAAAUGUGGCUCAAAAACUUACCUGAUAUACUACUCGCUGAAUCAGUGCAAGUUCAAACUAUAGACAUAAUCCAUAAAUUUGCAAUAUAUAACAACCUAGUUUUUAAUAGAGUAAUUAAAUCACAAUUAUUAAAAAUUGUUAAAAACUUACCUUCAAUCAAGAUAUCUGAUUCUGAUGACACAAAUUGCUACUACAAACUGUUUUCCAUUUUGUAUUCGAUCAAACAGUGGGAUAGCGAAUCCUUAAAUGUCUUAGAGAAGCAAUUAAUAGAUAAUGCAUAUCAAGGUGAUUAUGGAAAAUAUAUUUUUGAUACAUUACGACUUAAAACAGGAGGAAUACUUUAACUUAUGUUAAAUAAAAAAAAGUAUAUUUUA